ACAUUGGCGUGGCAAUGUCGUCUACGUAGACUAGGGCACACAACACAAAAAAGAGGGGAAGAAAAAUAAGAGAAAUUUUUUAAAAAGGAAACGCAGACGUAUCGUUGUCAUCUUCUCGGCCGCUAUGGCCCGUCUGUCUCAGAUCAGAGAAGAUUUGCAGCUGUACGAAGGAUUUGAACUUCCGCUGAUCAUUGUGAAAGGCUGCUGAAAGUGCUAUCUAUCGUUUCUCACGAUUAUUGAUUGUGGCGAUUGCUUAGACGUGUGCCUGCUUCCCUCAUGAGUUCAACAGUUUCAACAUCUCGAGGAAUACAUUCGCCUGCAAGGCUUGGCACAUAUGAAUCGCCAGAUGCUGGGGCGUCUGGCUCUUUUAGCCAGCUUGAACCAGACAUCGAUGACGGUGAAACAGAGUUACUCUCUGUAUCCUGGAAUCAGGACUAUGGUUGCUUUUCUGCAGGCACAAGCAACGGUUUUCGUAUCUUUAACUGCGAGCCUUUCAAGGAAACUUUUAGACGUGAUUUGAAAAGUGGGGGAUUCAAAAUUGUGGAGAUGCUGUUUCGAUGCAACAUUCUCGUACUUGUUGGAAGUGGAGACAAUUCCCAAUAUCCACCUAACAAGGUUAUGAUUUGGGAUGAUCAUCAGAGCCGAUGUAUUGGUGAGUUUUCAUUCAGGUCUGAGGUUCGUUCAGUAAGAUUAAGGCGUGAUCGCAUAGUUGUUGUUCUUGAGCACAAGAUAUACGUUUACAACUUUAUGGAUCUGAAGCUGCUGCAUCAGAUUGAGACUGUAGCAAAUCCUAGGGGAUUGUGCUGCCUUUCACAUCAUCCAAAUACAUCUGUGCUGGCUUGCCCAGGCCUUCAACGAGGACAAGUUCGGAUUGAACAUUUUGGGCUGAACAUGACAAAGUUAAUAAAUGCUCAUGAUUCUCAUAUUGCAUGCUUCACGUUAACAAUGGAUGGACUGCUUCUUGCUACUGCUAGUACAAAGGGGACUUUGAUAAGAAUCUUCAACACAAUGGAUGGGACUCGCUUACAAGAGGUACGCAGAGGAGUGGACAGAGCAGAAAUUUACAGUAUUGCUCUUUCUCCGAACGUCCAGUGGUUGGCAGCAUCAAGUGACAAAGGUACUGUCCAUAUAUUCAGCCUCAGAGUUAGAGUAUUUGGGGAGGAUUUGUCCGCCCAUUCAAAUUCUGCUCAAGGGCCAGCAAUGUUUCAGCAGAAUUCGUCAAAUGCCCUAGAUCCUCUUAUUUCUCAAAACACUGGUGCUAAUUCUAGUUCAUCAUUGUCUUUCAUGAGAGGGGUUUUACCCAAAUAUUUUAGCUCAGAAUGGUCAUUUGCUCAGUUCCACUUGCCAGAAGACACUCAAUUCAUUACCGCAUUUGGUUCACAGAACACAGUCAUCAUUGUUGGCUUGGAUGGGAGUUUCUACAGGUGCAGUUUUGAUCCAGUUCAUGGAGGUGAGAUGUUGCACAAAGAAGCUGAUAAACCCAAAUAUAAACUGGCCAGACUCUGA